AUGUCGCGGGCCGACGCACGCAGACGCGUCGCACGACGUAUUCGCGACGGUGUUCACGACUGCGUGUCGCCCAAAUCGGCGCCGGCGGCGUCCCGCGCGACGACUGUUGCCGCGAAAUUUCAAUGGGUGUUCAUACUCGUCGUCACGGCGUGCGCGCUCGCGUCCGUGGCGCACGCGCUCGAGGACGGCGGUGAGACGCGCUCGAUGGCUCGACGCUUACUUUCGUUUUACUAUCAGAGACGUCCGAGUGGAGCGGGAGCCCUGAAGGCGAAACACGGGUUCAGUACCCACGACGGAGUGAAGCGCGGAUCCCAGAGCGCGAACUGGGUCGGGGAUGAAAUCGGGCGUCACGUUUCGUUCACGGCCGGUGGUCCCCUUCCAGAAGCGACGGUGGUAAGCUCUGAAGCCGGUGAAACCUUGGAAGCCGUCGAAAUGGAGGACCCCGCUGAGUGUGACGAGGGCAAGGAGUGGUCAAAGGCGAAUAACGCGUGCGAAGAGAAGGAAGAAGAGAAGGAAGAGGAAGAGGAAGAAGAGAAGGAAGAAGAGAAGGAAGAGGAAAAAGAAGAGGACGCAGAAAUUGGCGAGGGAAAAGCAGAAGAAGAUGCCGAUGAAGUGGAAGAAGAGGCAGCGGGAGAAGCGGCGCCAGAAGAAGCAGGAGAAGCAGCGCCAGAAGAGGGUCCCGAAGAAGAGAAAGGAGAGGGAGAAGAGAGCGACGCGGAGUAA